AUGGACAAUGCGAAAGGCAAGAACAGAAGCAUAAGCCGCAUUAUCAAAGAGUUUUACCUAAACUGGAAUUACAGGAGACACAGCUGGAGAAUCAGUUUCUACUACAACUGUCUGGCAAUUUUAUCUGCUUUCAGCAUUGCCCUCACUUUAAUAUUCCAGCAACUAAUAAAAUCAUUCAGUUUUUUCGUAAAUUAUUCCUGCGAAUAUGAACAUAUAAAUUUUAUUCUUACAGAUUUAUUAAUCUUCCUAAUUUUAAUUAGCUUUAUAAGCAUUUUCGCAUUUUUUUUAUCGAGAAUUUGUUCUAUCCUCUCAAAUUUUACAAUUAACGACUUUAUGUCACUAGGCAAAUGGAUCGAAAGGAUAGGCUGUACUGUGAAAUGGUUUCCCUGGGCCUUAGCGAUUUUGAUCAUAUUUUGGUUCACCAUAAAUGUAUUUAAUUUAGUUACCUUAUAUUUCACCCCCAACUUGUGGUGUAAAAGGCGCUUAAACAACGUUGCCAUUCAUGUAGUAAACAACUGCAGGUUGUUUGAAGGUAGGACAGCCGCAUGCACCAACGACAUUAUAGGUACUGGUUCCAAUGCGAGCACCGUCAACUACAUUCGAAAAUGCAACGACUUGGAUUUCCUAAAGAAUCAUAACUACUUCGCAUUUAUUCCAGAUUUGGCAGAUAAAAAUUAUGUAAAAUGCACGUUCAACAAUAUCAACAUUUGCACACUGUACAAAAGCUUACGAUAUAAUCAGCAAGUAAUGGAGAAAGCAAAAGGACUGAAAUUAGAAGGCUGCUUGCAGAACCCUCCGUCUGAAGUAGAGGAUUUUUAUGAUAAUAAUAUUCAAACGAGUGAUUUGUACAAAUAUUCUCAAAUCUUUACUAUUGGCAGUAACGUCACUUUUGUUGUCCUCAUGUUUUUUUUUUAUUUUGUCAAACGUACAACACAGUUCGAUGGGUUAUUUUAUCAGUCUAUAGAUAACUCCGAAAUGCUUAUACUCCGCAUCCUUCGCCCCUUGACACCCUGGACGUGA